GUCCUGGAAGAGUAAACUUCCACUGCAGACCAUCAUGCGCUUGUUGCAAGUACUGGUGCCACAAGUGGAAAAAAUCUGCAUUGACAAGGGUCUAACAGAUGAAUCUGAGAUUCUGAAGUUUCUUCAGCAUGGCACUCUAGUGGGUCUGCUGCCUGUGCCCCAUCCCAUUCUCAUCAGGAAAUACCAAGCCAAUGCAGGAACUGCCAUGUGGUUUCGCACGUACAUGUGGGGAGUCAUUUACCUGCGUAAUGUGGAUCCUCCCAUCUGGUACGACACCGACGUGCGUCUGUUUGAGAUCCAGAGGAUGUAAGAAUGAGCUGUAACCUGUCGGUCCCUGACAGCCCACCCUGCAGACUUCAUCUUGCCUUGUCAUUUCACUUUAACCCGUUCCACUUCCCCAGAGAAGAGGCGACACAUCAUAGACUGUGAGACUCCAUGAGAGGUGCCCAUAGCUGCCAGACGGCCUAUCAGUGGUCUGUUUGCCCUGGCUGGUGUACAGAUGAUAAAGUGUCUAAAUAUAAAGCAUGCGCUCUGAUAGUAAAAGCAUACUGUGGUCAGCAGCUUAGGCAGCCCAGACAUGUGAAACUCUCUCACUGUGGUUUUUAUAGGAACAAGGUGCUUGUUAUAAGAAGGAAUGCUAUUUAUAGUAUUGAAAACCUUUUGAAAAAUUUCUAGGAAGUUGUUAAUUUAGAAGCAUUGACCUCUAGAUUGUAAAUCUUCUAAAUCUUCUUUUUUUUUUUGGUUAUCUGUAAGAAUGUGUUUACAUGCAUACUACCAAAUUUCAUUAUAGUAAUGUCAGGUAUGAAGAGUAACUGGAAGAAAAAUGAACAGAAAAUCAAAAGCUGGUUUAAAAUAAUUGCACCAGUAUUCAUAUACAUCAUGAAAAUGUAAAAAAAAAAAAAAAAAA